AUGUAUCCUGUGUCUUCCGGAAGGCUACGGGGACUUGGAGAAGAGCCUUUCGAACGGUUACAAGCUUUAAUUGAGGCUUCGAUCCAGCAAAAUAACUUGGAAACUGCCGAAUUCCAAUGUGAGAUUCUUGUGGGUGAAGGCAAACGUGAAGAAGCAUCUUUGUCACAACUACACACUGCAAGUUAUUACUAUGGGCUUGUACUGUAUUUGAGAGGCAAAAUUCAGAUUGCCUGGGACGCCGUGAGCCCGUUCAAAACCCAAUUUUUAGGUUGCAGUUACGUGCUGGCGCGUUGUGCGUUGCAACUUAAAGACAGCUAUUGUCGCGAAGCGGCCACUGCUCUCGCAGGUUUUAGCAAGUUUGAAGAACGUAUUGGUGUGGAUGCUUCUGCUUCUGCAGCGGCUGGUCCGCUGUUUAUGGCACCAGACGAAGCCACGUUACACUGCGUUUUGGGCCAGCUGUACAUGAGACUUGGACGUACGAGUGAAAGCGCGGCGGAGCAUUACAAAGCUUUGACUUUGAAUCCGUAUUUAUGGGAAUCCUUGCGUGCUAUGUGCGAAUUGCGAAGCGAUUUCAGCGUUGGUAAGCUUUACGUCAGGCGACAAAGCAAUCGCCGCGUCCAAUCGAGUUUGGGCACUCGGCCGCGACGUGGACUCAUUUUGAAGCCACAUACACCAUUUAAAGUGCCUGCAUUCGACUCCAAACGUAAAAACGUGGCGAUGGCCGCGCAACAACAACCGCAUAGCUUGAAUAAAACCAAGCAUGGUGUGCAAUUGAAAGCUUCGAACAUUUCUAUGACCAGCACGACGGGCAAUGGUAAUACACAUUUGAAAAGCCGAUUACUUGCCACCCCGCCUUCGAAAUUGGCAGCGUCGGAUCGCGUCGUGUCACCCGUAAACUUGUCCAACGACACUUCUGGCUCUUUGACGGGUUUUGAGCCCACUGGGCUGAUAGAUUCCAUAUUUUACGCAUUGGGAAAAGCCUACAAAUCUGCUUGUCAAUAUGACUGUUACAAAGCGAUCAGGUUUCUGAGUGAAGAAUUGCCGCCAAACUUGCUUUCAACGAUGCCCUGGGUACUGGCAUGCUUGGGCAAAUUGCAUUUUGAAAUUGUCAACUAUGAAAUGAGCAAUAAAUAUUUCAAGGCAUUGCGGAAGUUGCAACCCAAGCGGGUAGAGGACAUGGAAAUCUAUUCGACUUUACUAUGGCAUUUCCGAGACGCGGUGGAACUUUCCGCAUUAAGCAGAGAGCUUGUGAGCUUUGCCAAAUUGGCCCCUCAGACUUGGAUCUGUGUGGGUAAUUUCUUUUCUCAAAAGGGCGCUCGAGAAAAAUCGAUUCAAGCCUUUCAAUGGAGUGUUGAAUUGGAUCCCAAAUUUGCAUACGGUUAUACACUUCAAGGUCACGAUCAUUCCAGCAACGAUGCCUUCGACACGGCUCGGACUUGUUAUAGGCAAGCACUUGCCGUAAAUUCACAACAUUAUAAUGCUCACUACGGGUUAGGCAUGUGUGCUUUAAAAUUGGGUCAUUAUGAAGAGAGCUUACUUCACUUUGAAAGGGCUCGUGGUAUUAAUCCUGCAAAUGUCAUUUUACUAUGUUGUUGUGGUGUGGCUUUGGAAAAAUUGGACCACCAGGACAAGGCGCUCGACUACUAUGACCUUGCGUGUGAGCUUCAACCCACUUCGUCACUGGCACUAUUCAAAAAAGCACAAUUACUAUUUACAAUGGCCAAAUACAACAGUGCUCUUGAAAAUUUUGAAACGCUCAGAGCAUUAGCUCCUGAGGAAGCUACGGUACACUUUUUACUCGGUCAACUAUAUCAGAUAAUUGGAAGGAGACAGGAUGCUGUGAACGCUUUCACCGUUGCAUUGAACUUGGACAGAAAGGGAAGUCAAGUCAUAAAAGCCGCAUUAGAAAAGUGCUAUCGCUUGGAAUGA